CUCCCGUACACUAGAAACUUGACUUACCCUUCCUUCAACGCCUGAAAAAAGAAAGACGACCUUUUCCAAGCACAAGCACAAGAAGGGGGCACGCGUUUCUUGAUAGCUGUAUAAAGAUGUCUUUUGUUCCAGUCAAUCCCAAGCCAUUCUUACAGGAGCUGAUUGGGAAACCCGCGCUUGUUCGUCUAAAAUGGGGUCAGGAGUACCAAGGAACACUUCAAUCUGUGGACAGUUACAUGAAUAUUCAGCUUUUGAAUGCCGUAGAAUGGGUGAACGGUGAAAAAACUGGUGAUCUAGGCGAAAUUUUCAUCCGUUGUAACAAUGUUCUUUGGAUCAGUGAAAAAGUGCCCGAGGAACCCGAAAAAAACGAAUAGGGUGCUAGUGCCUUAGUUAGUUCAAGCAUAUAUCUAUGGUUUGGUAAAAUCUGCAUGUUAUAAUCUAAUUCCCUUAUGCGAUCUUUCCUGUGGUCUUUAUAAUACGUACUUUUUGUCUGAGGACUCUGUGAUAAUAAUGAUAAUGAAAAAAUACUUUCUUUUUAAACAGAAAAGAUAUUUACGUUUCUUCUUUUCACUAAAGAAUUAAGGCAUUGUUUUCUAUUCGCUUUUUUAAAAAAAUAAUAAAACCAUUCUCUAAGACAGUAGCAAAAGUGGGUUGCUGGC